AUGUCGAAUUUCUCAAAGCUUGAAUUUGUGGCACUUGACAUUUCUGGAAAGAACUAUUUGUCAUGGGUACUUGAUGCUGAAAUUCACCUUACAGCUAAGGGUCUUGGUGAUUGUAUAAUCGAAGGAAAUAAGGCAUCAAGUCAGGAUAAAGCGAAAGCUAUGAUUUUCCUUCGUCAUCAUCUUGAUGAAAGCUGGAAGGUUGAAUACUUAACAAUGAAAUAUCCACUUGAAUUUUGGAUAUGUUUGAAAUGGAGGUAUGACCACCUCAAGGCAACGGUAUUGCCAAGGGCUCGUUAUGAGUGGAUGCACUUACGGUUUCAAGAUUAUAAAACUCAGCAAUACCGUGAAAAGGGUUUUAAAAAAUACUCUGAAUUAAUCUCAUGCUUUCUGGUGGCUGAGCAACAUAAUGACCUUUUAAAGAAGAAUCAUGAAGCCCGUCAUGUUGGAAGUGCUCCAUUACCGAAGGCACACGAGGCAGAAGCACACGGCCAGUCUAAAAUAAGACAAAAUAAUCUGAGCCAUGAUAAUGUGCGUGAGCGUGGCAAGGGAAAAAGACGAUAUAAUAAUUGUCGAGUUGGUGGUCAUAACAAAAGGGAGAACAAUAUGGGUUCUCAAAAUAAUUCUUCUAAAGGAAAGGGCAAUCACUGUCAUCGUUACGGCCUUAAAGGCCACUGGAAAAAUGAAUGUCGGGCAACUGAACAUUUUGUCAGGUUGUAUCAAAACUCCUUCAAAAGGAAAGGUAAUAAAGGUGGUGCCUCAUCUUCUAAUGCCUGGGUGGAGUCACAUUUGACCCUCAAAGAUGAUGAUCAGGCAGGAUCUUCUCAAAAAUAUGAUGAGAAUGUUGAGGCAAACUUAGAAUUGAAAGAUGAUGCUUUUGAUGGGCUCGAUGAUAUUACCAUCUAG